CUCCCGCCCGGCAAGCUCAAGGAACGCUUAGAGAAUCUGGGAAACCACCCAGCCAGGCCAGAGUCUCCAAGCACCAUGUCGGACCGUCUGUUCACCAUGCUUCUGCAGCAAGUCUUGCCGCAGGACGCGCCCGACGGCGUGAAGGAUAGACGAUCCCGCGAAUACGCUGAUCGACCAGGCUUCAGUCUGCCCGUCAUGUCCAACAAUUUUCGCCGCUUCAACGCCAGAAUCGGUGUUGCUUUUGUCUUCCAAAACCGCAUGAUCCGCCUCUUCAGUUGGAAGGAACCUACUCAAACGCUGUCCUUUCUCGCUGUUUACACAUUUAUCUGUCUCGAACCAACCCUCCUCCCCGUCGUCCCGCUAGCUCUCUGCCUCUUCUUCAUAAUGGUUCCAGCUUUCCUAACGCGCCACCCUCCACCGCCGAGUAAUCAGCCUACAGACCUAUAUCCGCUCGCUGGUCCGCCUUUAGCCCCUGCUCAGAACAUAAAGCCCGCGCCGGAGCUAAGCAAAGACUUCUUCCGCAACAUGCGUGAUCUCCAAAACGUCAUGGAGGAUUUCAGCAGGGUACACGACACUUUGAUCACGGUUCUCGCUCCACCGACCAAUUUCUCCAACGAAGCGUUGUCCUCGGUACUUUUCUUACUUUUGAGCGCAACAGCUUGCCUACUAUUCAUAACAUCACACCUUCUCCCCUGGCGUGCUAUCUUUCUUGUCUCUGGCUGGGCUGUCAUAUGCGCCUGCCACCCGUCCGCGCAGUCCUUCCUCCAUUCUACCCACACAGACGCGAUGAUCCAGGACCAGGAAAUCAACGCUCGCUCCUGGCUUCUUCGACUCUCCAAGUCUGAUAUAUCACUUUCUUCCGCCCCAGAAACCCGUGAGGUAGAAAUAUUUGAGUUACAAAACAGGCCUCUACACACAGCAGACGCCGAGUAUGAGUCGUUCCUCUUCAGCCCGUCUCCCUACGCUCCACUGUCACCCGCUCGUAUUGCCGGAGACAGACCACGAGGAACUAGAUUCUUCGAAGAUGUACAGGCACCAAAGGGCUGGCGUUGGAGGGAUAAAAAAUGGACGCUAGAUCUGUUGAGUAGGGAGUGGGUUGAGGAAAGAUACGUCACUGGUGUGGAGGUUGAGAUUGAGGGUGAGCGAUGGGUGACCGACAUCUUAUACGAAGAGCAGAACAUAGAUGAAUUCGGUCAUCCCUUAGACCCAACGAAGAGUAGAGGUGAGGUCAAGGGAAAAGGCAAAGCUAAGCCCGUGCCAAAGUCGUGGGAGGAGGGCAAUGGACUCGACAAAAAGGGAGAGUGGAGACGGCGGAGGUGGGUGAGGGCUGUGGAACGUGUUGCCAUGGCAGGUGUAGAGGGAGCAUAAAGUAAUACAUAAUUUCCACUUCAAGUGUAGUUCUCUGCUGCAAAGAACCGCUGAG